AUGGCAAGCCCUCAGACAGGACAACCAAUGGUAGAACCACCCUCAUAUGAAGAAGUGAUGGGUAUUGGAUCGUAUAACCAAUUACAAACAAAUUACUAUAAUGAGCCACCACCUGCGUAUGCUUACGAUAAUUUUGGUGCAAGUACCCACUUACCUCCAGUAGACGCCCCAUCCUUAUCAAGCGGAGCAUCUGCUACAGGAUCUUCAGCUGAACCUCAAAUCUUUGUCAUUAGGCCACCUUCUCCAUCCAGAUCUCCGAUUCCUCCAAAACCAAGUACCCCAAACUUUACUCCCAAACCUGCUGCAAACCCAACCCCAAGGUCUAACCCAACUCCUGCUUCAAAUCCAGCCCCCACUCAGAGACAGCAACAGAACCAGAACAGGCAACAGAAUCAAAGGCAGAAUAAUAAUGUGCCCAGGCCAUCUUUGGAUAAGAAAGAACAUCUUUACAACUUUUUCCACUAUUUGUACCUGAUUCUACUGAUACAAGCACUGUGUGCACUAGCUGUUGCAGGAGGAAUCUAUAGCAAUGAAUAUGUCCGAGGAAGAAUACAAGAAAUUUCGACCUUUAAAGAUCUGAGCAUGUUUCAGCUGAAGGAUGAUAUAAUUGUGGUCCUUCUGAAAUGCCAAUUUUCUCUCAAAGGCAGUUAUAGCAAAAACACAAUCUAUGAUAUGCAUGGAUUAUUGAUUGGUAUACUAAUCUUUACAUGGAUCACUGCUGAACCAAGGAAAAAAUCAAAGAUCUUCUCUGUAAUCUUCCUUGUUUUAAUGACUAUGAUUAUCACCCUGGGUAUAAUGACACUAGCCAGCGCCAGUGGAAGCAUUGGUCCCCUGGUUUCUGUCGGAAUUGUUGCCAUCCAUAGUGUAUUUCUGCAGUUCUUCAUCUGGCAGAAAAAGAUUACCUUUACUUUGAUAUCUGGAAUGUUGUUCACUUUCAUAGUAGUGAGUGCAGCUCUUGGAAUCGCUCUACCUUCAUUUGGUGCGCAUAUGGAGGUUUUUUUUGGAGGUUUAGCUGCCUUGCUGUUUUGUUGGUGGACAUUGCUGAUUAUUUGGUGCAGCGUAGACGACCACAAGAAGCAUCACUUGUAUGCAGAUGAUUACAUAUACUUGCAACCAUUCAUUUAUGCUGGGAUAAUUUACAUGCCUUUCAUUCUCUUAUUAAUUAUAUUUUUCAAGUUUGAAUGGAAAAAGUAUAAAUAA